UUCACGUAGGUUCCAUCUGCGUGUAAUGCAGGGCUCACAAUCAGGCUAUACGUAAUCAGAAGGAAUUAAAGGGAACGAAUCGAGGCAACAAAAGCAAGAUAAAAAAAUCCACCAACCGAUAAGGAAAUUAGUAUAUUUGUAGACAAAUUUUGUCGGUCGAAAUUCGUUUUUCAUGCUCUACAACGUAGCUCACGUAUUGAAAUAUCGGCAAUUUUAUACAUUUUUUCAUUAUUUGAGACUUGUGACGCUGCCGACAUGGUAUUAGAAGACGACGAAAACACUUGGGUUUUGGAGCUUGAAGCAGCGCUUCUUGACACCGAAGCACCAUCCGCCAGUGAUAUUUAUGCCAUAUGCAAGGGUCAACCAGUUCCUGCAAAUCUUCGACCCGACGUCUGGCAAGCUUGUUUAGAUGUCACGGAUCGAGGAAAUCAACUUAUUCAUUUCAAUGAAGUUUUCGAUCUUCUUGAACAAAAUAUUCUCAGGGAAGAUUGUCAACAGCUAGUUGCUAAACUUGGCAACGAUGAUGAGGACAAAGUUUCUGUUGUGUCAGACCUAGAGUCAAUACUGACGUUCUACUGUAAAAGUAGAGGAAAACAAUAUGAACGAGGAAACGGCUGGCUGGAAUUGUUGGGUCCUUUGAUUGCUCUCAAAUUACCUCGAUCUGCAACCUACAACUUGUUUGAAGCGAUCAGGGAUGUUUACAUACCAAGAGGUGUUAUCCAUAGUUCUGUGUUGCGAUUGCUGCUGCUGUAUCAUGAGCCAGAAUUAUGUUCAUUCUUAGAUACAAAAAGGGUGUCACCAGAAGAAUAUACAAAAGGAUGGAUAAAUACGUUAUUUUCUGGAGUUUGUUCGCUCCCGGCUGUCUGCACAAUGUGGGAUUUAUACUUUAUGCAAGCGGAUCCCUUUUUUAUGAUGUUCUUAUCACUUAUCAUGGUUGUUAAUGCUAGGGAACAAAUUUUAAGCAUGAAGGAUGAGGAGAAACAGAGUAUAAUAAACACUUUAGCAGCAAUGCCUUGUGCCUUAGAAGCUGAAGAUGUUACAGACUUCUGUUCGUUGGCCCAAUACUACGCUAUGAAGACUCCAUCUUCUUUCAAACAGGAUCUGUAUUCCAUCAUGUUCGGGGAGGGUGGCGAUGAGAAGUUGAUAUCUCAUGCGUUGUGCUUACCUGUGUCUGCCCAAGAACUCGUCGAAAAUACUGUCGAAGUGCCAUCUGCACCUAAUGGUCCAGUCGAAUCCGUCCGGUUUUUCUUAGUCGAUUGUAGACCUGCUGAGCAAUAUAAUGCUGGACAUUUACCCACGGCGUUUCAUUUGGACUGCAACUUGAUGCUCCAAGAACCAGCAUCAUUUGCAACAGCUGUUCAAGGAUUACUUCAGGCGCAAAGACAAGCCCUGGCUGUCGGUUCACAAGCCGGUGGUGAACACCUCUGCUUUCUAGGAAGCGGACGUCAAGAAGAAGACCGUUACACUCACAUGGUUGUUGCAUCUUUUUUGCAGAAGCAUACACAGUAUGUUAGUAUGGUGUCAUUAGGGUAUCAAGCAAUUCAUGAAUAUUUUGGGGAUGAAGUCGUCACGAAUCUAGUGGAUCACAAUUCGCAACACUGUUUAGUAUGCAAUGCUAAUUUAUCCGAAGCAAAUUCGAAUGAGUCAAGUCCAGCUAAAGUAAGAAACAACAACUCCGAUAUUUUUGGAAAAAUUGGAUUGGCAAUGAAGCUAAAGAGUCAGGAAGUGAAAGGAAGACUCUUUGACUAUAUUGUAAAUCCAUCUGCAAGCGCCAAUGGCAAUACAGAUAUUCACAAUAAAGAUGCAGAUUAUACAAGAAGAUUGCGAAGUAAUGCUCCUGUAUUUAGCAUCGAUGAAGAUCACGAUCUAGAUAUGACGAUGACAAACCAUGAGAGCGAAGAGCCUGUUGAAGUGGUGUCAAUCCAGCAAUGGUUGAAAGACCCCAAAUUAUUGCAUUCCUUCAAAUGUCAAGAAGUAAAAGUUAACGGCUAUGUAUACGAAAGUCAACUUCUGGUUAUGGACACCCAUCUCAUUGUUCUCAGAGAGAUUUCAGGAAGAAAAGGUGCGGCACAUGUGAUUGUUAAACGGCCAUUAUCAAGUAUUGUUAAGAUAACUUCGAGAAAACGACAUCCCGACUUGAUCACAUUUAAAUAUGGCAGCACACAAAAUGAUACGUUACUUAUCUCAGAUAUGGAUAGGUUUCUUAUUCCAAAUGCCAGCGAAGCAACAAAAUUAAUUUCGGAGCAAAUAUUGAAACAAUUGAAGACUCUUGAGUUACAUUCACCGGCUUAGUUUGCAGUGUACUGUGUAAUGGGGAUUCAUUAUUUAUUUCAUAAAUUUAAUGCUAUUCUUAUUGUUAUUAUUAUUACUUUAUAUAGAGUCCCAUUUGUAACAAUCGUUCACUAUUUAUUCCAGAAAAUUGUGAAAUUUUAUAAAUCUUUAAAAUUGAAAUUGAUGUAUAGAUUGUUACGUAAAUAUUGAUUGAUAGUAUAAUAAAGUGUAAUUUGAUAAUU